UUUCGAGUAUUACAUUUUCAUCUGAUUGAAGGAGCACAGCAUAGGGAAGCAAAAACCCACCAAAGAAGAUUCACUGCCAAUUUCCAAUCACCGGAAAAACCUGUCCGGAACAAUCUCUGGCAAUGAGUGGCGGCAAGCAAUCUCCGGCACCGCCAUCUUCCUCUUUCAUUUCCUUACGAGGAUCUCUUCUCACUCUCGCCAUUUUCAGCUUAAUCUCCUUCACCUGUUUCUCUUUCAAAUCCAUCCACUUCCAGAACCCUACCCCAGCUCCUCAGGUUUCUGCAAAAAUAGCAGAAGAGACGGAGAGUGGGGUGGAAGAAGUAGAUAAGGAUGUGCUUUCUGAUGUAUACCACUCUCCGGAGGUUUUCAGAUUGAACUACGCGGCGAUGGAGAAGAAUUUUAAAGUGUAUAUAUAUCCCGAUGGAGAUCCCAAAACCUUUUAUCAGACGCCCAGAAAGCUCACCGGAAAGUAUGCCAGUGAGGGUUAUUUCUUCCAGAAUAUUAGAGAGAGUCAAUUCCGUACUGAAGAUCCGGAUCAAGCUGAUCUCUUUUUCAUUCCCAUCUCCUGUCAUAAAAUGCGGGGAAAGGGAACAACUUAUGAGAAUAUGACCAUAAUUGUCCGGAAUUAUGUGGAGGGUUUAAUUUCCAAAUAUCCUUACUGGAAUAGAACCUUGGGAGCAGAUCAUUUUUUUGUCACUUGUCAUGAUGUCGGUGUUAGGGCAACAGAAGGACUUCCACCUCUUGUAAAGAAUUCAAUUCGAGUUGUAUGCUCUCCAAGCUAUGAUGUUGGGUUCAUUCCACACAAAGAUGUUGCUCUGCCUCAAAUAUUACAGCCUUUUGCUCUGCCAGCUGGAGGAAAUGAUGUGGAGAACAGGACUGUCCUUGGAUUUUGGGCUGGUCACCGAAACUCUAAAAUUCGAGUUAUAUUGGCACAAGUUUGGGAAAAUGAUACAGAGCUGUAUGUAUUAAACAACCGAAUUAACAGAGCUACUGGGAAUCUGUUGUACCAAAAGAGAUUUUACAUCACUAAGUACUGCAUAUGCCCUGGCGGUUCCCAGGUGAACAGUGCCCGAAUAACUGAUUCCAUCCAUUAUGGAUGCAUUCCUGUGGUAUUAUCCAACUACUAUGAUCUUCCAUUCAACGACAUCCUUGAUUGGCGAAAAUUUUCUGUCGUACUUAAGGAGAGUGAUGUCUAUCAGCUUAAACAAAUUCUCAAGGACAUACCUGAUGAGGAGUUUCUUGCUCUUCAUAGGAACUUGAUUCAGAUCCAGAAGCACUUCCAAUGGAACUCACCUCCAAUCAAAUACGAUGCAUUUCAUAUGGUCAUGUACGAUCUUUGGUUACGCCAUCAUGUAAUCAAAUAUUAGUUAGUUUUCCAAUGUUCUCAUUUUGUAUAAACUGUAGCAUAGCACAACCCAAAGUCUUGUAACAUAGGGUAACUCUAUUUUUGCUCUAUACUACAUGUCCCAUUUUGACAAACGAAAAUUGACAAACAAAAUAACUGAACAUCACUAUUAUUUUGUUCUUUAUGCGAGGAAAGUUUCGCCUACUGUAAUCUCGUUGCUUUGUACAACAACAUGCUUAUUUUUUUGGCCAUUUAUUUAGUCAAUUUGUUAUUGUUGAUGCA